AUGUUGCACGCAAUAUCGGACACCGAUGGAAACAGGGAUUGGGUGUUGAAUCAGUCGAACACUGGAGAAGGAGAUGACGUCGUGGAUAUAGCCUCCGUUGUCUACCGUCUCACACCACCUCUCUUCUUUAUUUCUUGUUGCCGGUAUGACUUCGUUCACGGUGGUCCCCAUUUCUCAGUCACGACCACCACCGCUGCAUGGCUGGAUUCUGUGACUCGAGUCGCUGCUUCAGCCAUUGGAGACUGCCUCCGUGAAGCCACUAUCAUCGCAAAUCACCGCCGCCUACCGCCAGUCCUUCUACCUUCUACCGUCGCCGCCCACCAUAGGUGGGUGUUGGGUUUAUUUUUUCGAUAG